AUGAAAAAACAGGAAAACGAAUUUCCGCGGGAGUCAUCGCCAUCUUUUUUUGGCGAGAGCUCGAACUGCUCUUCACUUUCAGGGAGCUUGAAUAAAACUGCCCUACACAACAGCCGGCAUAGUUUUUCGGGGCGAUCCUCCCAAUCUAUACCCGGCAUCCGGUCGGGCUACAAUGUUGUGAAGUGCUUUGGUUUCCCCCUGCCCGUCGUAGUGAACGAGGCCUUGACCUCUGUGGGAUCUGCUGCAGGAACGGUUUCUGCGAAGGUUGCCCAAAAUGGUUUGGCUUGGGUUGUGCACGGCCGCCGACUACUAAUUUGGCAGUACAAAGAGUCGUCCAAGGAUGCCAAGAACCCUACACGGGAAGGUGGCUUCCCUCAAUGCCGCGAACUACAACUGCCCUACUCCGACUUGGGGUACAACAGUGAGUUGAUUAGUGUAUUCCAGACAGACGGCCAGCAAAUGGCAUCCUGCAUAGCAGUUUCUGCAACGGGAGAUGUGCGCUAUUGGCCAUCUAUUGCCCACGACGGGAAUACCGUGAAUCUACCGAUCCUAACCGGUCAGGACUUCGUUCAGAUUAUAAAUCUACCAUUGCAAGAGGGCUACCUUGCUGUGACCUCAACUUGCACUUUGGUAUUUCUCAGCGUAGGCCUCACCAACGGCCGAUACUCGUUGCACCACAAGACCAUAAAGCCGGCCACCAGUUUGCUUGGUGGCUUUGGCAGCGACAAGGAUCCGCUCUUGGUUGGCAUGUGCUGUGAGAGAAAUUCUCCUGAAAGUGAAACCGUGGUGACUGUGCUCUCGGAUCGUUCGAUCCAACGCUGGAGUUUGCCGAGCAAAGGGAAUACAGAACAUUUACUCCACGAGAAUGAAGAGGUGGUGCUCCGGAUUCGCGAGGAGUUUAAGAAAAUGUUCUGGAAUCUCGGUACUCCCGCGGACAAUGUGGAAAUCGAGUUGCAUCUGCUGGACUUUCAUAUCGUUGAUGACAAGGCUUACAUAUUGGCUGGAGCUGUUAACGCUGCCCACGCUCCACAGAUGUGCUAUGCCGUUGCUGUGGCCAGUGUCCAAGCGAACAGCAUACUUCUGGAGUCAUUCACACCCCUUAAGUUGAAUAAAUUCUACAACGCCAAGACCAAAGAGGAUUGCUUCAGCCUUCGCUUCAUAAUAGGGAGCAGCCACAUCUACCUCUACACCCCAAAGGUGGUCUAUCCGUUGCUCUUGGCAAACGCCGUACCCACAGCCGAGAUUGAGGCGGAGAAGAUUGAAUUUCAUUUGCACGACGAUCGAAUCCUAUGUGCCGCCGUCUGCAGUCGCCUGCCGCUGUUCUUUAGCCGCACACACGGACUGGUUUCCAUCACGCCCGGCGACUUUGAUGCCAACGAGCUGCAUAAUAUGAGCACCUGCAAUACACCAGAUCUGUUUAAACCAGCUAUGCUCGGUAGUUUCAGUGCACCCGAUCAGUCUGAACUGACCGCAGUAACUGGCAGCAGAAACAAUCUUCACAUGUUCGAACUGGAUCCGGAUGAGCUAUACAGCGAUCGACGUGACAAAGUGGGCCAGUUAAAGGCUGCCUUCGUGUACCACCUGAAGCGUAAUAACAGCAUGGUGAAGACCAUUAUCGGGGAGCUUCUGCGCACUGUCAAUGAGCCCGAUCAAUGUAGUGCACCCUUGGAUGCCUACAAGUUGGAUAGAAUUGUCAUCACAAUAGCGGAGGACUUGGCCGAGGAUCUUCCAAUCGCCGAUCCAUGCUGGGAGGAGGCCCUGGGCGAUCACGAUGGCAAUCGUCAUGCGUUGGGGAGCUCACGCUCCAUGCAAAUAAUCAAUCAGCUACGUGACAAAACCCUUGCCUUCGAUCACUUUGUCUCAUUUCUUCAUGCCAGCGGCGUUUGGGAGAAGCUCAAUGCCAUACCCUGUGGUAGUAAUGUGCUGAAGCCGACCAGUUUUAUAUUGUCCGAUAUUAGCGAGAAAAUAGUGGCUGCCAUAGCACUCCGUUCCUUGCAGGCCAAACAACCAAAAAUCAUCGAGCAUGCCAUCGAUGCCACUGUCGCCAUGUGGGAUGAGAAGCCCAAUGGCAACUUAACCACCCAGGAUAUAUUCUAUGUGAAACUGUGCAAAUUCCAGUUUGUAUUUAAAGCCCUAGCCGAAAUGGCUGACAAUCAGAUUUCAGCUCAGGGAGAUACCACGGUAAUGGUGGCCCAAUUUCUCAACGAUACCAAUUCCAUCGUCCUGGAUACACUGGGCCAGGUGUUUAAGCAUCGUGAGCAGCAGGCGAACCACUUCACACCGCUCAAUGACAGACUGGUCGCCUGCGAAAACCUUCCCUGGACGGCCAUGUCGGGAAGUGCUGGUGUGCGGGACACUCUCAACCGACUUAUAGACCUCAGCCUGCGCUAUGGUUCCCAGUGCAUCAGUGAGACGGAGCUAAGCCAGAAGUUGUACCAGCAAAUAUACGAGCUAGUGGACUUGGUGCUUGAGGGACGCAAGAGCUACUUGGAUAGUGUUCGAGGAUCGGAGAAGGCUAAUCUAUUGCAGCGGCAGUUUGAGGUACAGCGCAGGGAACUCAUCUCAGUCCUAAUCAAGGAUCUUAAGUACGAGUAUGCCGCUAAGUUGGCUGAAAAGUAUCUGGACUUUCAUGGUCUAGUGCUAAUAUGCGACGUGACGAAUGACAAAGAACGUUUGGAUGAUUACAUGCGCAAAUACGAGGAGUUUGACUUCUCGCAGUUUGCCAUCAGAUGGUAUCUGCGGCAGAAGCGACAUGGCGAGGUAUUCGAGCGCUUCAAGGACAACCCGGUAGCGCUGGCACAAUUCAUGCGUGACCAUCCAUCGUUGAUCUGGAUUCAGCUGAUAUUCAACGGCGACUACGAGCAGGCGGCAAAGGUGCUAGACUAG